AUGGCAAAUCAAUACACGGCUAAUCGUAACAUGAUGAAGCAAACGAGCAAUAAAAACAUUGGCACCAAAGUAGAUGUUUUAAAAUGGAGCGAGGAUAUGGAUCUACUGGCGAUUGGAACGGAAAAAGGAGAAGUUCUUCUACAACGCUUAAAGUGGCAAAAGGUAUGGCAGCUACCACCGCCUGAAGAAGGUCUUAAAGUACGAGAAAUUGCCUGGAGGCCCUGGGAAAAACUGAUCGCUAUCGGUUACAACAAUGGAACGAUUUUGCUGAUCAACAUUGAAACCAAGGAGGAGGUAUACAGGUUUUCGGUGGAUGCGGACAUUAGUUGUAUGAGUUGGACAGAAAAUACGGAGGAACUUCCCUCGGAUGACAUUAGCUACCGCUCGGUGACCGCACAUGCCAAGUACCUUCCCGAAUUGCCGUUGCUCAGCUCGAUAUCUUCGUCUGCCAAACCGAUCAACUACAAUCGGAACAAUUUCUGCUCCAAGCAUAUCCUGAACAUACUAAUCGUUGGAACCACAAUGGGGCGCAUUCAUUUGAUGGCGUUCGGUAUGUUACCGUGUGGAAAUGUGGAUGUACUCGCCAUGCUAGGUAUACCGUCCAGAUCAACGGCAUGCAUCCGGGAUGCCAAGAUGAGCCUCGAUUUUAAGCAGCUGAUUGUGGCACUGGAGUUUGAAGAUGCGCUGAACCUGGUUGUACUGGAAAACGCAGUGCUGUUCAAGUAUUCCGCGUCGGUGCUGUGUCUGGCGCUCAAGCACGCCCAAAUGCUCAACACGAUGGCUUAUAUGGAUGAUACCAUCGAGUGCAUUAUCGAAGCCUGGGAGACGGUCCUCCUGGAGAUGGACAAUAAGCUUACGAGCUUCUCGAAGGAACAACCAGAAGGGUCGAUUUCUGCCGACUUCCUCGAGCUUCUAAUGUUCGCAACCUCAUCGCCCGCGCUGGAACAGUUCCUGUUGCGAGAUCUCACCGAGAAAGGGCUCCGUAAGCUCGGUACCAGCAUCGAACUGUGCUACGUUACCAUGCAGAAACUCGUCGUAAAACCACUCUACACCGCGAUCUACGACGUGUUCUACCAUCUGACCACGCUGGAUGGGAUGCUUCGUAAUCGAUACCACUACGGAGUGUUGCUAUCCACCCCGGCCACCGAGCUGCUACGCAACUGCGGCUCGCUGCAAAUUAAAGCGUACGAGCUACAAAAAAUGAUCGACAUGUCCAAGCGUGACUUUAAAAUAUUCUUCCGCUGGCUGCACGUUGUGAUCGUGCGUCUUAUGGAUGAAUCACCUCAAGAAAACCAGCCCACUAUCACGCAGCAGGAGGUAAACUAUUUGGGCGACUUUCUGAACAAUUUCGAUUCAUCCGCCUCCCAGCCGGCACCGGAGCAUGAACGGUCGGCGAUCGAGUCGAGAAGAAAGUUCAAUCUGGAACGUGUCGGUCAGUACCUUGUGGACAAACCGCUUGUAAUGCCACCCGCAGCCGGCCAGGAGGAAGGAGAAAGCCAAUGGAAGCAUCUGCUCAGCCAAAACCAAUGCUUACGCGAGUGUCCCGCCAUCUUUACGCACCACGAAAACUUCUCGCUCGUCCAGCAGCAUAAGCUGCUGAAGCAAAGCUUCAAGAAAAUGUUCGACCAACCAAGUGCUGUUAUUUCGGCAGAUUUUAGACACAAAAACUCGCUCACCAUCCGCACGGAUUCCGUAAGUGGAAGCAACCGCGACAGUACAUCCGUGGCACGAUCGAUCACCUUCAUCAACCAUCCUCAAGACGAGGUGACGCUCGUUGCGGUCGUGCAAUCGGAGGACAGCUUGCUGUUUGCCGAAUGUUAUCCCGAUGCAGGCCUGAAGAUCGUCCGCAUUCGCUUCGAAGAGAAGCCCUAUUUCGACCAGCGAUUUGACGCAAUCGGGCGGCUCACCUUUCGCCAGGCUCAGUUCUACAGCGUGGAUACGCUUUCGUUGCUGCUACGGGCGUACGAUGAAGCCAACACCACAACCGGUUGCUACUUUCUACUGCUCAAUUUACGUCCAAUUCGGGAGUUUUUGAACCGCAUCGAGCCGCGUGAAUUCAUGCAGACACUAACGGAGGAAGCGAUCGGUUGCCAUGGCAUCAAUGCUUACACGUUGAUCGAUGAAAGCUCGCUCAAGCUGCUGGAUAGCAACGACGGGCAUAUGAUCGCCGUAUCCGGCAAACGGAACGUGAUGGCGGUAGUGUCUGAGUCGCUCAAAAACGUCCGUGUUUAUGAUAUGGACGGGGCGGAUGAGGAAGACGACAUGCUCGACACAUCGUCGCAAAUAAAUAGCAGUCUUGAGAACAGCCAGGAAUCAAUUCCAGCGUAGUUUAGGAAAUAAAGUAUCCAACACGUAAAAAGCCACCUCGAGUUCUUUGUUUUCCUGGCUGAGUUUACGUUUAAAUGAAAAUGUUGUUAUACAACAAAAGGCUACAAACUUAUACAUAAAAUAUUUUGUUUUUUAUUUCUAG